CUCUAACUGUGUGUGUGGCAGUUCCCUCGGGUUCUCUAAUGAGCCUGACGCAUUCACCCUUUUCCUCACCACCUUCAAUGAUCCUCUUCCAACAAUCCGGGGUCGUAGCUAUACCGCCUCAGAUUUCCAAGAUCUAGUCCAGAACGUCUUCCUUGAGGCCGGGCCCUCCUAGCCCGAGACCAGCUAUAAAUCUGUGGUAAUGGUGACUGUGAAUGAUGGAGAACUGACAACCAACCGCCUGCCUUCACCACCAUUCAUUAACGUCAUGAACGAAGCACCACGUGUACUACUGGGGCAACGAACAGUCCCUCUCUGCUGAAAUAGUAAUGGAAGAUGAACCCCCAGUCGUGGCUCUGUCCACCUUCCACACCAUUCUCGCCAACUCUCCCGCUCAUCACAAACUCACCGUCACACUUACCAACCCUCAAGACCCCGCCUCCUCAGAAAACAUUUCUCUUUUGGACCGACCUCGGCCUGCCAGACGAGAUAUCACUCCUGAUUUCCGACAACAGGACUGUACUAGAACUGAGCGGUGCAGCUUCUGCAGAAAUCUACAGCUCGGCCUUGUCUAGUGUGGUCUAUCAGAACUCCAAGCUGGCCAAUAUCAUUGAGAAUCAACCAGACCUCACACCAAGGGUAAUAAGUCUUGUGGCUGUGGAUGAGGAAGGUGUCCAAGGGGACCAGAGUCAACAAUCACAGUCAGAUUCGACCGGACUUGCAGAGUUAUGACAGAGUCGGGUAUCCUAACUCUAGCCACCCAGGAAGAUGUGGACCGACUGGCUGUUUGUACUAGCCUCUGGAACACACGAGUCGACAUUGUCGGAGGCUCUACCGAUCCCAUAGUCUCUCUUCUUCCCAUGAGAGACAUCACUAGUCUGGGAGACCUUUUUAUCAAUGGGUUGACACACCUUACAAGUCUCUCUGGACUGGAGAACCUAUCCCACUACGGUCCCGAACUCUCCAUUGUCAACAACUACCAACUGAGCACCACCGCACAGCUGAGUGCCAACGUCCCACCUGACUCGGCCCACUUCCUCUCACUCACUAACGUCGGAGUGAGAAGUAACCCUCUACUUAGAUAUCUCAGUGGUCUUAGACUCAUCAAUACCAUCACUGGUUUGCUGUACAUUCAGAAUGGGGACUCUCUGGCUGAUCUGUCGGGAUUUGACAACUUGGUCCAUGUGGACAGCCUUGUGCUGGCACUGCUGGGAGACAGCUUGACUGACAUCUCUGGGUUCUCCUCUCUCCACUCUGCCAGCAGACUCUACAUCACCAGGAACAAUAAAUUGGAGGUGAUCUCUGGUUUCCAGAGACUGAGGUAUCUCGGUGGACUCCUGAUCACUCAGAACCCUCAGCUGGUGGCUGUGGAUGGUCUGUAUGGGCUGGAGAGGGCUGAUUUGAGAAUCGACAUCAUCGACAACCCGCUCCUCUGCUAUUCCCUUGACAGCCUCUCUGACGAACUAUUCUGGCAGAGUCGUAUAGGAGAAGAGGGAAUUGUGAUGGUGAGUCCAAAGCCUACUGCUGACAGGUGCAGUACCAGAACAUGCACCCACCCCACCCCCUGUCUCAACAAUGGGAACUGCACCAACACCACACUUCCCGAUAUCACCGCCAACGAAUUUGUCUGCCGCUGCCCUGCCAACUUCUUUGGUGUGGGAUGUCAGAACAUUGACGUCUGCUCGGCUCUCCAACCGUGUCAGAAUGGAGGCAACUGUACAGUCGAUCUGCUCAGUCCCAGCCAGUUUGUCUGUUCCUGCCAGCCUGGGACAACGGGGCCAUCAUGUGAAAUAGUUAUCUCCCCAUGUGCCUCAUCUCCCUGCGAGAACGGAGCAGCUUGUAUAGAUGACUCCAGCACAGCUGGUCAAUUCAACUGCCUCUGUCUCCCGGGGUUCAGUGGAGAGAGGUGUCAGAGUGAUGUGGAUGAUUGUGAAUCAUCUCCAUGUCUGAAUGGAGGGACGUGUUAUGAUGGAGCUAAUAGCUACAGCUGUGAGUGCCCUCCUGGUUUCUCGGGGGAGCAAUGCCAGAGUCAACUAGUCUUCUGCUCACCUGAUUCCUGUGCUAACAACGGCUCCUGUAUUGAUGAGGUGGGAGGGUUCUCCUGCGUAUGUCUGCCAGGGUGGACUGGCCCAGAAUGUCAACAGAACAUGAACGAAUGUGUGGAUGAAGUAUGUGAGAACGGAGCCACGUGUGUCGAUCGUCCAGGUUCAUUUACCUGUCUCUGUGGGCCGGGAUUCACUGGACAAACCUGCAGCGAUACCAUUGACUUCUGCUCCAGUAAUCCGUGCAGUGGGAACGGAGAAUGCUCAUCGACUGAUUCAGGUUUCACCUGCCAGUGUGAUCCUGGCUACACGGGGGAACUCUGUGAUCAAGACAUUGACGAGUGUCUCUCCAGUCCUUGCUCUGAUAGUGCUACAUGCAUGCACGGCAUCGAUCACUUCACUUGUAUCUGUCCCCCUGGAACAACUGGCUUGUUGUGCGACACACCACUUGAUCAGUGCUCGAGUCAGCCUUGCCUUAAUGAUGCUACUUGCCUGGAGGACAGUCUCGGUGGCUUCCAGUGUCUCUGUACACCUGGGUUCACCGGCCCGCUCUGCCAGACUCAGCUUGACUUUUGCGUCGAUGAUCCCUGCCUCAAUGGAGGUACUUGCUCGAUUUCUGAGACUGGGUUUGAGUGCGCCUGCCCUACUGGCUGGUUGGGCCCACUCUGUCAGUUUGCCGACUCUGUCACUACUAAACUCACAUCCUGCGGAGUGGAAGGUGCCACUGACAUCUUCUCUGAGAGCCUCUCGACUACUGAUUCAGUAGCAUUCACAUCUGAAUCUCCAGCCAUCACAACCCAAUACUCUCUCUUGUCCAGUGCUCUUUAUUUCUCGAGCUGGGUGUGGCAGGAAGAAGGAACAGCUGGAACUAUCUUCUCUCUCACUGACACCUCUGACCCAUCUAUGCUCACUAGUCUGGUGUCAGACCCUGAAUUCAGCGAGGUCAAACUCCACUACUCCGGUAGUGGAAUGAGCGAACAGGAGCUGACUAUUACCAAUACCCCACUCAGUUUCAGACGCUGGCACCACAUUUCCAUCUCUCUCUCUCCUCUUCCAUCUCUCUAGCCAUCGACAACCGAAUGAUGUUCAAUCGUCCCGUUGCCAAUCUCCACCUGCCUACAGAUUUCAACAUAACCAUUGGCAGAGGUGGUCUCCGAGACCUAUUUAUUGGAAUAAUGAGAGGGGCAGCAGUGUAUGAUGGGGAAGUGGACCUAUCGUCCCUAGUAGAGUGCACACUACAAUGUAGUGCUGGGGACGGUAUUGUCAGAACGGCGGGACUGCUACGAUCAGUUCACAGCGCAACACCUCUGCUCGUGUGUGCCUAUGGUUUCACUGGUCCGUACUGCCAGUAUCGCAACAGUAGGAUCUCAUUUGAGGGAAGUGGCUCUGCAAGUCUUCCAGAGCUCCUAGGAUCGCAGUCGUCGGUUGACCUAGAUUUCAAGAGCACAAACACAACUGGUCGGAUCUUCUCAACCUCCUCGCCAACAUUCUUCGCAUUUGUCAGUGUGGAUGGUGACACACUGCUCAUGACAGUUCUCCACUGUGACGGGCAGACACAGAUGUUAUCGAGCCCAGUUUCGUUCGAAGUCCCCUCUCAGUGGCACUCUGUGACUCUCACCAGCUCCCCAACUUCAGUCUCUAUUACUCUAGAUAGAGCACCCCCGUCUACUCUCAUGCUACUGAACACCACAGGCUGCACAACCCCAGCCCCCCACCUCCAUCAUGCUGGGAGGGACCAUGAUCAUCCACCCAUCACCGGUGUGUCAGAGACAUUCUCCUGAACUCCGCACCUCUCGAUUCCUCUCAGCUGGUGCUCAGUGGCGGAGCCCAAUUUGGCUGCACCAGAGACACGGCUCAGUUCUUCAGCCAGUCAUUCCUCCGGCUCCCUACCUCCUCUCCCCCACCUCGCAGACCAUUUCCUUCCUCUCAACACUCAGUCCUUGGUGGGUGUGGUCUACUACAGCCAUCGUCUCCCUGGCGAUGCCAAACUGCGACGACCCUGUCGACUUCCUAGCCGUCCACCUCUCGUUUGGCAGACUCUCUCUGUCCUACAACCUCGGGCAGACGACCACUGUAUAUCGCGACGCCGGUGAGCGGCACGAUGGAGAUUGGCACAGUGUGAGGGUCCCAAUCAAUGGCACUAUGGUGUUCUUACAGUGGACGGAGUCAGUCGCCAUGAGAGAUCUCACCUGGCCCUCUCAGCAUGCUAGAUCCCACUGCAAGGAUCCUAUUAGGUGGAGUUCCACCCUCCGAUAGAGUCUCCAGUUUUUCAGAGUACUUCAACUUUGACGGGUGCGUAAGAGAGAUUUGCACAGACACGAGCCCCGACCGACCUCCUCACCCACACCGAUUCCCAAAACGUGCGAUUUGGAACCUGCACUGAUCGAGUCCAUGGCAACUAUAAGCUAGAACAAAGGUGAACAAUAAGAGAAUGAUUUUAAACUGACAAAAUCCUGUCUGAGUGAUGAAUAAUCAUGCAUAUACAUGUAAUCUGAACCUCUGUGAUGAUCUGGUGAAA